AUGCUGGGUCAUGGCCGCAUUGGUCACAUGAUAUUGCUCCUCUGUGCUUUUUCUUUGUGGGUUGAAACUGCAAUGUGUGGCUCCAGCUUCCUCAGUCCAUCCCAGAGACCACAGAAUCGUGGAGACCGAAAGCCACCUCGAGUGGGACGGAGGACUGCAGCUGAGCUCGAGACUCCUCUUCCUUCCGAGGAUAGGAUCAUGGUGAGCGCACCGUUCCAGCUGGCUGUGUCUCUCAGUGAGACAGAAUAUCAGGAUUAUGGUCCUGUGCUGCAGAGGAUGUUACUGGAUGUCCUGGGUGAUCCACCAACUUCGGGUAGGUUCUGGUAUCUCACACACUCUUAA